AUGUUUGCUCGACCAAUUAGGGGUGGAACAUACUCAUUCAUCCCCGACGGUGGGUUUGUUGGCACGGUAUUUGUUAAUGCAUUGAGCGGUGUCUUGACCACUGUUGCUACAAAUGUUUCAUUAGAAGUAAAGCCGACGCACGAGCACAUUUUUCUUGGAGAUAACUAUACAGCAUGGUAUAAUUCUGAAAAGUCUGACGACGGAGGAAAGAAAUUUCAUAUUGGAUCUAUUAUGUACGGCCAAAGCAAAGAUCUAAUUAUCCCGAUUACAACGUCGAAAGAUCAUCUCGACUCUCCGUAUUUGACGGUGUCAUUGAACUAUACAUCCCAAUCGAAGAAAGUUAUUGUUAACUGUAUGGUACAUGCAGAUACAAUGGAUGCUCAACCAGGGAUGGUAUCGAGAGAUAUAAUGAUUCAUCAACAACGUUUGGAAUUUGUCAAGCAAGUCCAAAUGGCAAAGAACUACAUGGAAUUUAAAAGUAUAGAAACAGCUCAAAAGACUAUAAAGACAUUCGAAGAAGAAAUAAAAUCAUCUUCCGUUCAAAAUGAUCCAUUUAUAAUCGAUUUAGUGAAAGAUUUGACUGGCCAAGUGUACGAGUCACUAUCGAAACAAGAGUGGUUUGCUCGAUGGGGGAAACAUUAUUUACCCUCGCUUACUCGAGCUCAUUUAUUACAAAUCUGCAAUAACUUCAAAGAUCCUGGCGUACAACAUUAUGGUGGUGAAUUAUUUAAUAAACUUCGAGAUGAAAUAGAUGAUAUAUUUUGUAAACUACCAGCACCAAAGCCUUCAGUUCGUCAGCGAUCGGCUUCGCCCAUUCAAAUGACCAACUUUUACAAUGCAAGUGCCGGUUGUUUUCACGGUGACUGCCUUGUUUUAUUGGCUAAUGGAUCAACCAAGUUAGUCAAAUACAUUCGAAAAGGAGAUGUUUUAAAGACGGCGAACUCUUUGGAUGGUACGACUGUGAAGUAUGUUGCUAAAAGCAUAUGCUCAAAUGGUAAAGUGGAUAUGGUUAAUUUUGACAGUGGUUUGAUCAUUUCGCCAUGGCAUCCUGUUCGAAUAAAUGGUAACUGGAUAUUCCCAUGUGAUAUUGGAAAUGCAACAGAAAUUAAAUGUGCAGAAGUAUAUAAUUUCGCCCUUGACAGUCACCAUAUCGUCAUCGUUAACGGUGUUGAGUGUGUUACACUAGGGCACAAUUUCAAAGGAAAAGUAAUUGAACAUCCGUAUUAUGGAACAUCAGCUAUUUUAGAUGAUUUACGUGACCUUGAUAGGUCGGGUAGUGGGUUUAUUGAAUUAAUGCCGAACUGGUUCAUACGCGAUGUGAAAACAACCGGACUUGUAUCACGAAUUAGCACUAGUUUGAAUGUUGGAGGAUGA